AGCCCCGCCCCGCGCGCGGCUCCUCCCGCGACCGCGUGUGGGCGCCCCGGGGACCGGAGCUCCGGCUCUGACCGUCCGGCGGGGGAGAAGCGCCGGCGCUCAUGGCAACGUGGCAGGGCGCGUUCGGUCUCGGUCUGCUCUGCCUGCUGCCGGCGGCCGUUUGGGGUGAGGGUUGUCUGCAAUAUGUUGAUCGUCAUGGCAAGACACAACCUGCAAAAUCCUGUCCCGACUUCUGCUGCGGAGAUUGCAGGCAUCAGUACUGUUGCUCGGAUGUGUUCUUGAAAUUUGGUGAAGAACAACAAUUUCAGUGUAAUCUGCUUGGUGGAAGGAGCACUGACUUGAGCAAUGUAAAUUACAUGCGGGUUUUUUCGGACCCUGAUGAUGACAUUCCUGGCCCCAGGGCAGGACAUGGAGAUGCAGGUCACACUAGUGCUCUCACUAGUGACAGGAAUAGUGACAGAUACAGACUACAGAGGCUUGGAGGUCUGUGUUGUAUUCUGAACAUGUCGUUAAAGAUCCAGGAUCAUCUUGACAAGCUUGCCAAGUUGGCUGAAGAAACAAAUGAAAUUGCUGCUGCAUUGAGACCAAGCAGUUUUGGAACCUUUGUUGCGAUUGGAAUUGGUAUUUUUGCGGUGAUUGCAGUUACUCUUAUUCUGUGCCUCACCUGCUCAUGUUGCUGUUUGUAUAAAGCAUGUCGAAGACCACGGCCUGUUGUCACCACCACGACGGCCACAACGGUGGUUCAUGCUCCAUACCCCCAACAACAGGGAGUGCCACCCAGCUACCCAGUCGCCCCAUAUCAAGGAUACCAGCCAGUGGCCAUCCAGCCACAGCCGGGCAUGCCGGCAGCACCCUACCCUGCACAGUAUCCCCCCCCUUACCCCAUGCAGCCGUCAGGACCCCCAGCUUAUCAUGAGACGAUGGCAGCUGGUGCGGGAGCACCGUACCCAGUCAGCCAGCCCCCGUACAACCCUGCUUACAUGGAUCCUCAGAAGCCCGUCUAUUGAAAAGAUCUUCUACUAUGCUUCUGCAUACAAAACUUUUAAAAGUAUAAUUUGUCCUGUUUACACUGUGCACCUGCAGUAUAUUUUUCUGGAAGACAGCAGUCUUUUUUCUCAGUAAAGUGAAAGUUAAUUCCUUAUUUUUUUUUUAAUGUGAGUAUGAGGAAGGAGUAUUUUUCUUGCAAAGGUUUUUAAUUUAUACCUCAAGCAAAUACAAAAAGAUGUUUUGUUCUAUAUACAAUGAGAAGAGCAUUGUCAGACACCCAAAGCUGUAGCAAUCUUUUGCACAGUAUUAAAACAUAAAGACUUAAUCUCUAAGAAACUACCUGAUGCAUGUUAUGUAUGUUUUGCCUGUUUUGAAGCUACUAUUGUUAGGUAAGCUAUAGUGUAAUACAUUUCAUGUACCACUCAGAAGGGAAUUUUCCUGUUUUUGAAACACAUUUGCCUUCAGUAAGGGGUAGCAAACCACAUUUAAUUGUCUUUGGACUAGUUGAUUUUUUCUAUGGUAAGUAGCAUAAGUUAAUAAUUUCCUUAUUUUCUUUCCCAAUUUUAAGGCUUUAAAACUGUGCCUUUAUUGGGUGUUUUCUCAGGCCAUUUUAAUUUAUAGCUAGAAAUGAGCAAGAAAACCAAACUCUCUGCCACUUCGUAGGACAAAUAGAUCAAAAGCUGAAAACCUGAGGAUUCUUGGUAAAAAUUGUUGGACAAGUAUUUGUUGUCCAAGUAUUAUUGGACAAUUUACUUAAGUUGUGUGUUGUUGAUGAGUUUGGAAGAAAAAUUAGCACCUUAAUCAUACGUUAAGCAGAAGCUCCUACCAAUGUUCAGUCCUGCCUCAUCACAGGGAAGGAAUUUAAUUUACAGGAGAGAUGUCAGAAGUAGAUUGGGGUUUUUAAAUGCUUAGGGUUUGUCACUGUCUGUAGUGAGAACCGCAGCUGGCAGGAACCUGGGGAUGACAGAUCUUUAUAAACUCAGUCUUCAUUUGAAUACUGAUAUGCAAGGGGGGAUAAGAAAUCCCAGCUCAACACACAGGAGAGAUUAAACCACCCUUGUCUUCAACAUUCUCAUAAAGCUGAGCAGAGAACGAGAAGUCAGGGAAAGGAAGAGUGGUAGGGUCUGGUCACAGCGAGGUAAGGUAUGUUCAACUAGGUAGUGCUUGCAGUCAUGAAACGUCCUGAGACAUCCCCACGACUAUUAUUGCUGUUUGCAAGGCUUUUGGCUCUGUACGCCCGGUAUUGAUCAAAAGAGUAAUGAUUUUUUUUUUUAGUGUACUUUACAAUUCUAUCUUUCCUAACAUUGAAAUAUAAUGUGUAAUUCCUCAGAAGAGCUGUCUAGUCCCUAUGUAUCACGGUGACAUAAUUGGUGAAAUAAUUUUGACGUAUCUCAUACACUGUUUUUACUUUCUUAGAGAGGCCAUUAGGCCAUAUGUCCUGCAAUUCUAUAUUUAGGGUGUAUUACUGUUUGAAAAACAUAGACAGUGGCAUUGUUUUACCUCAUGAUGGAUGGAAACUGCUGCUGUCAAAGGCAGCCUUAUUUCUCUUCCUGAUUUUUUACGUUUAUUUCUGGGUUAUUCCGAUUAUUUUUUCAGUAAAGUCUUCAAGGCAUUUCAGAAGAAACUUGUAGAAAAGCUUUAGCAUUGUGAUUCAUGACAACCUGUGCCCUUGUGUUACACCUUUCUAAGAGUCUUGAAGUUAAUGGCUAGAGUACAACCAAAAAUGGACAGUGUCUUCUGUAUGGGGGGUUAAGUGUUUCCCUAGAAAUCUGGAGCUUUUAUGCACAGGAGGGAGCUGAAUAACUGCAGAAAGGAUGGAGUCUGGCUGGUGAGGUGCGGCCAGCUAGCCGAGCACAGGGACAGUGUUCCCGCCCUGGGCUGUGUGAGGUGGUCACUCUGUACCUCUCCUUCUUUCCUCUUCCUGCUUUUGUCUGAUGUGACAAAGCACACAGUUUGUGACACUGUUAGUAGGGUUAUGUUUUGGUUAUAAAAGGAAAAUCUGCAAUUUCACAAGAAGUUGGCUCAGUCAUCUGCCAUCAUCCCAAAGGAACAGGUUGUAGGAAAGCAAAGUGACAACAAUAGAGGUCCCCAAAUCUGAAGUUUUCGUGUAGAUGUUGUACAGACCAAAUAAAUUGCCCUGAACCCCACUGUAUGUGGAGUGGUGGGAGGAGAUGAGGGAUAGGGUUAAAGAUCCUGAAAAUGUAUAGCUUUCCUUCAGUGAACAUAUGCUAAUAACUAUAUACAAGUGAAGAGGUGGAUCAUUACUAUAUGAGAAGUUACUUUAGUAGUAGUAUUACCACUUCAGUUACAAAACUCUGAAAGAAAAUGGUUCACCUUCCUCACUUCAUAAUUGGAGCGCCCGACCAGACAGAUCUCUUAUUGUUAAUGUAUGAAUCAUCAUUAACAAUGAGGCAUAGGACCAAAUUUUAUUAAGUUGUCGCCAUGCAACCCAUUGAAACUUGUUUUUAUGUGGUUAAGAGAAUGGGAUGGUUAUGGGAAAGAUGGAGAAGUUGAUCCAUAGACUUUUAGUUUAAGCACUGCUGAGUUGUCACUCCAAGCAGCCAUUGCCUUCAUGUUGAUGAGUCGGUUCUCCACAGGGGAGGGGGAAUGGAAUUAAAAUUUUAAAUGUCAAAAGAGUCUAUGUUCAUUUUUAAAAAUUCUGUAAGUGCCUUUGUUUCAGAAAUGUUUUGUGAAACUAAGUACAGUAGAAUACUCUGUACUGAAUUUACUAGAUAAUCAUUGUUGAUUUUAUUACACACUGUAACCUAGCUCUGUAUUUUGUUUGUCGUUUAAAUGUAAGUAUUCAAAAGAAAUGGCAUAAACUUUCUGCACCUUUGUAAUAAAUGCAGUGUUUUAAGUA